AUGUUGUCAUCCAGUCAUAUCAGGGCAUCCAGCAGGUCCAGCUCGUCCAGUGAAGAGGACGCCCCGGGUGAUUCAUAUUCACAUUCACAUUCGUCCGAUCCUGAGGGAGGGGAUGCCACUCAACAGCUACCAGCUCCAGCAGAAGUCACCAAUCCUUCAUUGAGAUGGCAUAGUGGGUGCGCACUUAUCAUCGAUGACGGGUUCCUAGGCGGCCAGGAGCUCGGCUUGCCAACCGACAUUCGCAGCCGACUCAUGGUGCAUUACGUCUUAGGUCAUCCUGCGUGGCUUACAUUCACCAUUGAAUUUCCCCGUGCAAGUGAAGGAGAGGAAGAGGGUUUUGGAACGUUUUACUUUAUUAUCCCACGUCGAUAUCAAAAGCCCAUGCCAUCUUCAUACCACAGAAUACAAGUCAAGUUUCCCCUGGGUAAAUUGGUUCAUGCUGUUAAACCUAUAGAGUCAGCUCUAGUCAAAUCACUGCCUGAAAGAGGAAGCAAAUUCUCAGUGUUCGAAAUUGAUGUCAAAGAUGGCUCAGAUCCUGUUGUCAUUGAUUUUGGACUGCCUUUCGACAACCCAGGCCAUCCGAGCGACGGAUGGAUCAACAAUUCACAGCCCAUCGCUGGAAACCAGACACUACUGGAUGUUCUCUCCCAGCGAACUUUCCGUUUUGUGGCAAAGGGCAGCUCAUUUUUACCAAAAUGGAGAUUCAAGGAUGACAACGAUCAUCUUGCAGCGAUGACGCAGUCCCAAGUUCAAGAUUUCGUUUGGCUACAUGCGGCGGCCGACGGGAUUUACAAGAUCAAGUUGCGAGCGUCCUUUGUUUCAACGAGUGGUUCGCCGUCAUCAUAUAUCGACGACUUCUACGUCGUCGUGCAACUGAAGGAGUUCCCCAGUCGGUAUGAUGCUGCUUUGCGCUGCCUUCUCAAUAGUGACACGCUGUGCCUACAUAUUUACGAUCCUGCCGUUCGAGCUCCUGUCGAUCGCGAGAGGCCAGCAAAAUGGCCAGCCCGAGUCAUUCACGACUCCACCAUCAUGAAUGCACUUGUACACCAGGGUAUAGCAGAUGAAAACGCAGUUUGCAAUUCGUCAGAUGAGCGACAUUUGAUCCUUGCAGUGCGUCGGCCAAAGGAGAUCGACUGUCGGCCCAAUUUCAAUGCCAUGGUAGUGGGCGAUGAAGGACGAAAAGAUUACUUGGUAUCCUUCAAUUUCCUCGCGGACUCUAAACCAUGCCAGCGUAAAGUCGAGGCUGUGCUGCAAUUUCACCCCGAUGCAAACCCGACACCUCGAGGGCAGGGCGGCCUGCAAUUAUUCGGAGCCAGGAGCACUGAAUCUCCUACCUCAUCUAACAUCAAACUCAAGAUGAGACUGCACAGAGACCUUUUACGCGGGUAUGGAUUCUUCAAAAUUCUGCGGGAGAAUGCUGAGACGCAACCACCGAUGCAGCUUGCACAAGGCCGCUCUUUGCCAGCAGUAAACCUGCUUCCAGCGUCCCAGCAUAUCGUCGACCCACUGAUGGAGGAUGUUCUCCCCAGAGAUCGCAAAAGGUUCUGUACAUAUCUCAGCAGGGUACCACUGGGUUUUGGCCUUAUCACAGGCUUUGGAUGCAAGGAUCCUGGUUUUGGAAAGACGACGGUCCUCUCCGUAGCCACGCUCGGCAUGUCUAUCGCUCUCGGGCCGAUCUAUGCAUGUGCUGCUACCGACGUCGCAGCUGACAACUUUGCGGAGCAUCUCAACCGAAUCUCUGAGAAAUUCACAAGUCGGCUCAAUGAGGCCAAAGCGUUGGGCGAAAGUCCAGCUAGGCGUAUCCUCAUCGUUCGUGGCUACGAUAUAGAUGACGAGGUUGCUGCCUUUCACAAACUCCUCGAAAAUCCUCGGAUAGGUGAUAAGGCAGCUCCUCCAUAUAAUUUUGCUCUUAAACCGAAAUGGAGACUGCACUUAUCCCUGGCAUUCUGGCUGCUUGUGGCCCUACGAUCGCCUGCUGUUCGUCCAUUUCAUUGUGAUGAUCCUGUAGGAAUACAGUCGCUGCAAUCGUAUUUACAUAACCAAUCGAAUCUUAAGCGGCUUCGCAAUGUGGCAACUGGAGUAAUUGGCUAUCAAGAGUACAAAAAUGGCCAUACGGUGGAUGCCGACCGCAUCAGGUUCAUGUUCCGGAACAUUUUGCGCUGUACUAACAUCCUUUGCACGAAUAUAUCCCUUUCUUGUCAAAGGCCAUACGAUUUCUGGAAGAGCUUAGCCAAGGGUAUCGCAGUGGACGAAGCAAACAAUGUUGGCCGUCCUGACCUCUACUCAGUAUGGGGCAACACACUUCUCCCAUGUCUCCUUUGUGGCGACGACAAGCAGCUGGAACCUCGUGUGGUGAGUUUUGGACAAAAAGAUGAGAAAGGCCACUCCAUAAACAGGCUUGAGGACGACGGUAAACUGUCCGCUCUUCUUUUCUUCAAAGGGAAUCGCUGGCCUGUGUUUCGCUUGAGGACCCAACUCAGAAUGGCCACUGGACUUUUCGACCUCUGUUAUGAGGUGGUCAAAGACAUGCCAGAUUUUCGAUACGGACCCGAUUGCGACAUCAGUUUGGAUCGGCAUGCGUGUGGCCGUGAACUAGAAGCCUUUCUACAGAAGAGAUUUCCUGGGUUGGCUCUUCCUCUCGAUGGCAUGCUCUCAGAGGCGUUUAUCAACUGUACAGGAUCCAAGUUUUAUUUCAGUCCAGUGACUGGGUCGGGGUGGAAUCCGGCUCAAUCCAGGCGCGCGCUACACUUUGUCCGCGACCUAGUAACACAGACAAAGAUUACUCCCCCCAAUGUCUUCAUCAUCACACCCUACGAAGCCAACGUCGAUUUCAUCGAGGGUGAGAGGCAAAAGCUAUACUACUCAGCAAUCUCAUCCAUGGCCCCAGCUGCAACAGUUGAUGACUUCCAAGGCCGUCAAGGGAACAUUAUAAUCCUUGUGACGGCAGCGACAGAAACUUCAGAGAUAUCAGAGCCAGGCUACAUCUCCGACCUACAUUAUCUCUGCGUAAUGCUCAGUCGUCACAUAUCCGGAUUGGUCAUUUUUGGUGAUCACAGCAUCCCGCAAGCGUGUGACAUAGAUAAUAUCCGGAAGGAUGUGGCUGAAACCGAUAAGAAUUCCAUGAAAAGCAUGUUGAGUAUCUUGAUGCGGAAAAGGCGAGUUGCUACACUACCGGCCUUUUAA